AAGUACUCAAUAUUCUGAUUGAAUAUGGCCAAUAAAUUCCGAUAUAAAUAGGUGGCCAGUGGCCGGGCAGAAACUAGUCAGGUUGUUUGUUUACAAUCGAUCAAGUGCAGAUUAGAACAAAAACAAAACUUGUUGCAGAUACCUUCAUCAACAUGAAAUUUCUAAUUUUCGCCUUCUUCAUUGCCUUGGCCGCUUGCAUGGUGGCAGCCAAACCGGCCGAUGAGAAAUACACCACGAAAUACGAUAACAUCGAUAUCGAUGAAAUCCUCAAAUCGGAACGCCUCUUCAACAACUACUACAAAUGCCUGAUUGAUCAGGGAACCUGUACCCCCGAUGGCCGUGAAUUGAAGAAUACUCUACCCGAUGCUUUGCAAACCGAAUGUAGCAAAUGUAACGAAAAGCAAAAGGCCAAUGCCGACAAGGUUAUUCGUUAUAUCAUUGAAAACAAAGCCGAAGAAUGGAAGGCCCUACAGGAGAAAUACGAUCCCGAACAUGUCUACUACAACAAGUACAAGGAUGAGGCCGAGAAGCGUGGCAUUAAAAUCUAAAUGAAGUUAAUUAUGAUGAUAUGUCCUCUUCGGAUGCUGUAAAUGUCCCUGUCUCUCUUUGCACAAGUAUUCGAAGGAUAAUACAGGAAUUGAAAAGUAUUUGUUUAAAUAAUUUGUUUAAAAGUUGUGAUUAAUUUUUUAUGUUGUUUUGAUUAAAAUAAAAGUCGGCUGUUGAAGAAAAAAAAUAAA